GUUUUAUGUGACCUGUGGCCGCCAUACCGGCCGCGGAGGACUGCACGGCUGCAUCCUCACCGCUCGCUUAUCGCGGAACACGUACACAGCCGGUAUAAAAGUCACUUUGAGCUCGAGCCUGCAACUGCUCCAAGUAUCCAUUGAUGAUAUAUUCUUAACAGAGGUGAAAAUGGCUGAGGAGGACAUUCAAACAAAACUUAAGAAUUACCGCACGGCUCCAUUUGAUGCCCGGUUCCCCAACUCGAACCAGACCAGGAACUGCUGGUCCAACUACCUGGACUUCUACCGCUGCCAGAAAGCUCUAGACGCUAAAGGAGUGGACACCGCGCCCUGUGACUGGUACAAGAGGGUCUUCACAUCAAUCUGCCCCAUAUCCUGGGUCCAGAAAUGGAACGACCAGAGAGAGGAAGGGAACUUUCCAGGAAAAAUCUAAACCUGCCAUUUCCAAAGCUGUCUAGUCUGCUGAGAUGUAAACUAUUCAGCUAAAUGUUUGUAUCAGUGGUGCGACGCCAUGUGGCUCCAUCACCACCUUUCCAAUACUGAUGUUCUGUCCUGUAACUGAAUGGUCAUUCCUGACAAAUACCAUGAGACAGCUGAUUCUGCAUUAAAAUAUCUCAGGAGAUAUUUAUGAAG